CAACGCCGGCUUCAGCGGUGCACCGCUAAGCCAACGCCCGUGUUUUCGAUUUUUUUCCCAUUCUGUGCGCGGUGACGAGCGUUGUCGAGAUUCGGCCCCCCGUCCCUACCGUUCAAGGAACGCUCCAGCAAAGCUCGGGCGGUGUGACCGGGGCCUAAACAAACACACACAAGCGCGUGCUGGUGUGGUCACAUGACCUCCUGCGGUCACAUGAUCGUAAGAACGGCUGGGUGUUUUUUACUGAGGGCUGCGGGAGAUGAGCCGGAAGCGCAGGGAAAUGGACAACCGGGAGGAAAACCGAAGGUUAUUAAAUGAAAAUGAGUCCAGUGACGGGCACAGAAGACGCAUGUCGCCGUUUUGUGACCCGAAUCAUUUACUCCACCGGAUUGUGGUGCUUGCUUUUAUGUGUUUUUUGGGAUUCGGAAGCUACUUCUGUUAUGACAACCCGGCUGCUCUGCAGAAACAAGUCAUCCAGGAUAUGCAGUUAAACACCGCCAAAUUCAUGCAGCUUUAUGCCUGGUACUCAUGGCCCAAUGUAGUUCUCUGUUUCGUGGGGGGAUUUUUGUUGGACAGCGUGUUUGGCAUCAGGUUGGGGACAGUCAUCUUUGCACUCUUUGUAUGUAUUGGACAGGUCAUAUUUGCCAUGGGUGCUUUGGUCAACCAUUUCUGGUUGAUGGAAUUUGGGCGCUUUGUUUUUGGUAUUGGUGGAGAGUCUUUGGCUGUGGCUCAGAACACAUAUGCAGUGAAUUGGUUCAAAGGGAAGGAGCUGAACCUGGUAUUUGGCCUGCAGCUCAGCAUGGCGAGAGUGGGCAGUACAGUGAACAUGAACAUCAUGGGAUGGGUGUAUGAUCAAAUGAAACAUUUAUUUGGCCAGAAUGGUCACUACACUCUGGGAGCUGCACUCCUGAUCGCGGCCUCGACAUGUGUCUUCUCUCUGAUCUGUGCCCUGAUGUUGGCCUACUUUGAUAAGCGGGCAGAGAGGAUACUCAACAAGGAGCAGGGAAAGACUGGUGAGGUGAUCAAGCUGACGGAUGUAAAGGACUUUUCUUUCCAACUGUGGAUGAUCUUCUUCAUCUGUGUGGGAUAUUACGUGGCCAUCUUUCCCUUUAUUGGCUUGGGACAGGUUUUCUUCAUUGAGAAGUUUCACUUCACUCCAACUCAAGCAAGAGCAAUCAACAGUGUUGUGUAUAUCAUCUCCGCUCCAGCUUCUCCUCUGUUGGGUUUCAUGGUUGAUAAAAUAGGCAAAAACAUCACCUGGGUUCUCUGUGCUGUGGUCACCACGCUGAUUGCUCACAUGAUGUUGGCUUUCACCUUCUGGAAUCCUUGGAUUGCUAUGGUCCUUAUGGGUCUGUCAUAUUCACUGUUGGCCUGUGCUCUCUGGCCAAUGGUGGCCUUUGUAGUGCCAGAACACCAACUGGGCACAGCAUAUGGAUUUAUGCAGUCCAUACAGAACCUGGGUCUGGCACUGAUUUCCUUGGCAGCAGGAGCCAUUCUUGACAGCAAGGGUUACCUCUUUCUCGAGGUCUUCUUCUGUGCAUGCAUCUGCUUGGCUCUGAUAGCAGUGGUGAUGCUUUACUUUGUGAACUUUGCCCGAGGUGGAGAACUGAACCUUUCAGCCUCGGCCCGAGCCAGACUUCAGAAGGACUUGUCUGCUGAGUCAGAGUGAUAGCUGUUCAGUCCACUGGCUCCACCCUUCCUGCUGUGAUCUGUCUCACUGGACAACUCAGCCUGUCAAUCACCCAUCAGUGGGCAUUUCUGCACUACGUCCUCCUCUUGAUCACACUGACCGGUCUAAUCCCAACACAGGGGUAUAGGGCCCACUCAAAUAGACUUCUCCCUGCAGAUAGAACUUUUAAUAAUCACUACUGUGUUAAAUAUAGGAUUGGGAUAUUGUACAGGCUGAGGAGCGGAGGAUGGAAUUGAUUUGGCUGGUUGGGUCAUGCCAGAGGGGAUGUCCUGCCACUCUCUUAACUCCACCUCAGGAUAGCUGGCACUCACUCAUGGAUACUGAAAAGACUACUUCCUUUUUUUCUCUUGGUAUCAUUUAUCAGUUCUUUCUACAGACCUUUGCACUGGUGAAUCUUCACCCACUGGAAAACUUCUUGGGAUAUAGCUUAUGCCUUUUUGGUUCACGGGUUCACAGCACCCAACAUUUUUGGUACGUCACCCACUGUGAGAAGCUAUGUUGUGGUUCUUCCUAACUUUUUACAUGAGCUCACUUGACAGAUGAGUGUUUUAUUCCAGGUUUUUAUCUUUUUUAAGACAUAUGUAAUUUUUUUUUUUUUUAAAUUAAGAUUAUUUUUUAUCUUCAACCUGUGGUGCAUUGCUGCCAAGCGGUUUUUAAAAUGAAUUUUUAACAUAAAUAGUGACCUUACAAUUGCAUGUAGUUCAGUAAUCACCAGGUGCAGUAUCUAUUCCAGAGUAUUAAUAUAUUAUCUGCAUUGUAAUCUACAUGGUAUUCAUGAAGAAAAUUGGAUUUGGUAUCGUAACUGCAAAUAAUAUGACAGUAAUUUACAAAAAGUGUUUUUGUUUGGUUUUUUUUUUUUGUUUUUUUUAAAUUGGAGCUCAAAAGAUUUCUCGCAUGUCAUCAGACUUUUUGAAUGCCAGUUUGGUCACUUGUAUUUUUUCAUUUGGGCAUCAUUGAUUAAAGUUUCAAAUCGUGUAUCAUAGACGCUUUGUGUACA